AGCGAAGCCGAACUUGUGUGUAUUAUAAAUGUGUUGUGUUUUGGGCGGAGUCCUUUUAGCGGUGCCAGUAUUAACUAUUAAUUUUCUCGGGUCGUUGUGAAUGAUAUAUUUUUCUUGUAAUCAUCCAAUUCAAUUAUUCCAACGGCGUUCGACAAAAUAAACCGAAAAUGAGAUUGCGGUCAGUAAUAGGAUACACGUUUUUCGGAUCAGCGUCCACACUAAUAUCGUUUUUGAUACUGUUCUACUUGUUGACUGGAAAGGGCGAACAGAUCAGUAUAGGAUGGUUUUUGGCCAACACUUCUCCGUAUAUGUGGGCUGUACUCGGCAUAUCCCUUGCAGUGUCACUGUCAGUUGUUGGCGCAGCUCUCGGAAUACAUACAACAGGCGUGAGUAUCGUCGGCGGAGGAGUGAAAGCGCCACGCAUCAAAACUAAAAACUUGAUCUCGGUCAUCUUCUGUGAGGCCGUUGCUAUUUAUGGACUCAUCACGGCCAUCGUCAUGUCCGGACAACUGGAAUCAUUCACAGACAAUGCAGACACUUUAGAUUCAAUAAGAGAACAAAAUUGGACGGCCGGUUACUUAAUAUUUGCGGCUGGUUUAAGCGUGGGCUUAGUAAAUUUAUUCUGUGGAAUCGCUGUUGGCGUUGUGGGUUCCGGUGCCGCAUUGGCAGACGCUGCCAAUUCUUCACUUUUUGUUAAAAUCUUAAUUGUUGAAAUCUUUGGAAGUGCUAUUGGUCUCUUUGGCCUGAUAGUUGGAAUUUACAUUGUUUCCAAGGUGAAGAUGGGUGAUAAAUAAACUUUGACUACAUGUGUAUUUGUAUUAAUUAUAUUUAUAUUAAAAAAAACUUGUAUAACAAUUAGAUGUUUUGGAAUAUGUUAAAAUCUUCCAAUAGUAUCAAUCUUCAGUUAUUGUUAUAUCAUUUUAGUACAUAUAAUUUAAAAAGUUCCACUCACUCAUAAAAAUAGAAAUCAUUAUGUAAGUUAUCAUUUUGUUACUUGUGUAUAAUUUAUUUUUGUAAAAUAGUUGUACCUAUUAAUGUGAGUUUUGAAAAAUUAUUUUUAAAUAAACUUAAUUAUCUUUUACUUAUGCUCUGUUUCAAAAAUAGUUAUAAUGUUUUGGUUUGCUUGUAAUCCUUUACUUUGUAGAUAAUUAACGAUGUGGUAGAGUAAUGUUUUAAUAGUUU